AUGGCACCAACGACCAGAUCAAAGUUUCGGGCAUUAAAUUACAAUCGGCAAAUUGAGUAUUUAAACAAAAUCGCAGCCAAUUCGGAAGGAGAAUCUGAAGAUGAUUCAGAUGUUGAGGAUGUUCGUGUAAAACCGUCAAAUCAUCCAGUGUUAUGUAAAAUCAAAAAACGCAAUCAGAAAGUGGCUGAAUAUUCUGAUGUUGAGGAUGUGUAUAAUGAUGAAGAGAUUGAAGUGGAAUGGGCUGACAGUGAUAGUUCGGAUGAUGGAUUAAGUGACAAUGAGAGUGAAGAAGAGUGCGAUAUUGACGACGAAACGAUAAAAGCAAAAAAUUCUGCCGGUAAUGUCUGGUACGGUAAGGACAAAACGAAAUGGUCAUCAAGUCCAACUUGUUCCAGCAGCAUGAAAAAAUUCCCACCAAUAGCCAGUGGGCCCAGAGAUUCAACAAAAAAUCUUUCCAUUCUCGAUACAUUCAAUCGAAUUUUUGAUGACGAAAUGCGAGAUCUUAUCAUUGCCGAAACGAAUCGGAAAGCAAAAAAUAUUUUCGAUGCGGAAAACGAACAUCAUCCCGACAAACCGUUGAAGACGUGGAAGCUUUUGACCACAGAAGAGUUCAAUGCAUAUUUGGCAGUUCUCAUUACUUCUGGCGUUCAUCAUUCUAACAAGGAACAUGUGACGGAGUUGUUCAAGGAUUAUUCUCAUCCGCUUUAUCGAGCCUGCAUCGGCAAAAACCGGUUCAAAGAAAUAUCGAGAUUUUUAAGAUUCGAUGAUUUUAAUACAAGGGAAGAGCGACUACAAACCGAUAAAGCAGCACCGGUUUCCAAGCUAUUUGGGAUGUUAAAUGCUAAUUUGUUCGCAAACUUCGACGCCUCCGAAUUUGUCACAGUUGAUGAACAGCUAUAUUCGUACAGAGGCAGAACACGAUUUACCCAAUACAUGCCAAAUAAACCUGCAAAAUAUGGUAUCAAAGUUUGGUGGGCCUGUGAUGCAUUGACCGGCUAUCCACUGUUUGGUGAAAUUUACACUGGUCAGCCGAUAACUGGCCGAGAAGUAAACCAAGGCGAACGUGUAGUAAAGACCUUGGCCACAAAGUUUAAGGAUACUGGGCGCAACAUUGUUACCGACAAUUUUUUUACUACUCUUCCGCUUGCAAAGUCACUGGCUGACUGGAAUUUGACAUUGGUUGGUACGAUUAAGAAGAACAAAACAUGCAUUCCUAAAGAAAUGUUAGCCGAUAAGACUCGCGAGCCAUUGUCAACCUUAUUUGGAUUUCACGAAAACGUUACGCUUUGCUCCUACGUCCCAAAGAAAAAUAAGGCAGUAACGCUGAUAUCGACUUUGCACAACACUAAGACCAUUUCAGAUGACGAGAAAAAAAAGCCGGAGAUCAUUAAGCAUUACAAUCGAACGAAAGGUGGUGUUGACUUAAUGGAUAAAAUGGCUGGAGCAUUUUCAGUACAAAGAAAAACACUGCGAUGGCCAGUUUCGUUUUUCUAUAAUAUUAUUGAUCUGGCUGGCCUAGCGGCAUACAUAAUUUACAAAGCUAACAACCCGGCAUUCGGUAGCAAUUGA